CAGCCGUCAGAAGUUUUAUAUAUUUCAUUUAAUAUUGAACAAACGCUUAUGCUUAGAUAUGAUCAGUUUAAAAACGAAUGAAUGAACCAAACUAAUGGUAAGCUUAAAACCAGCACACCAUAGAUCCUAGCAGCUUUGGUUGUUGAACUCGUAAACUUCCAGAAAUUCAACAUCAGUUAUUGAAAAUCGCGAACGAAAAUUAUUACCUUUCUGGCUUUCUCCGAUCAUUGAACAGCCAAACACGGCGCAAUGGUCACCUCCACCCAUAUAUAUUUCGCAAUACCGUCGAACUCGACAAUACUGAAUAAAAUCUCCGCAAUCUCCAGAAGUUCACAUUACCACGAGCGAGCAUGAAAGCCAAUGCCGCCUUUUCGACCCAUAGUCCUUUGCGAAAUAAAAUUAUUCAAUAUGGCCUCCAAUAUCCGUAAAAUGGGCUAUGGCCUAAUCUGAGUAGGCUACUCGAAGUCCUCACUCGUUGCUAGGUGACGUCACACUGGCAGCGAUGAGUCGGUCACGAAUCAAGACCGGAAAACAAUAGAGUCAACCCCUCUCUCCUGCUUCCGGCUAACAAUAGUCACGGUUUUACGCUUUUGUGGAAGCAUCGAUGUAAAUGAGCAAAUGCUUUUAAGCAUUUACUAAAAUAAAUUAAAUUCAACAAGUCGUGAGCUGUUAACUCAAGCGUUUGCUUUCCUAAGCACCAACGACAACAAAAAGCGAGCUCGACGUCAAGAGGCCGGAUUUUCAGUGACUGUGACUUUCAGCCGUCAAUCCAAUUGAGGCAGGAGAGGAUUUCCUUAUCCUUGCUGCCUAUCAGGCUGUUCCUUAGCACGUUGAAAGAGACUGAUAAGCGCCGCUUCAAAUGAACACCUCAGUCCAGUCACUUGACGAAAUUUGCGAGGAGGCGAAAACGGCAUUAUUUUGCCUUGCCAUCCUAUAUUUUCCACUUUCGAAGUCUGCUAUUUAGACUCAGUGGGAAAGCAACAGGAGUUGAAAAAUACUAUGCUAUGAGGACCAACAAUGUUUUCUUAAUUCCCUUUUUUCCUCAGGGCCAUCUUAGAAUUUUAACAUAUCGAAAUUGACUUAUCUGCUUGCAUGCGUCUCCCAUGCAUGGAAUAUUCGUUAUGCAAAUUUUGGUCUAUGGCUGCAUAGGUUGCUUGAUUUAUUUCUUAAUUUCUUCAUUUGAGCGGCCGCUCCUUCUCUAUUUUCUCUUGGUGUUUUCUAUAGCUGUGAAGUCAUGUGCUUGUGAGUGAGAGCUCAGCUCCCAGUGGGAAUAUACAACAACCUGCGCAACUGAUAUUCUGGAGCGAGGGCAGCUUGGGGCUUUGUUAUAAAAAGCAAAACCGUGAGAAAGAGAAGCUUUAAACAGCAAUCAGAAGUCAAGGCUUGAGGAGCAAAUCCCCUGAAGAAAAUUAGAUUGAGAGGAUCACAGAACUGGCUCCCACUAGAUUUAGAGCGAUCUACUGAAGGGACAUUUUCCAUUAAUUUGGAAUAAUUUUUCAGGCUUAUCAAACAAGAAAUAUUAUAUUUUGGAUAACCAUUAUACCCUGGGGCAUAAAAUUCUUUUAUUCGUGAAAAAAGAACUUAGACGUACUUGCUGUGAAACUGUUCGGUUCAAAAAUGCGUCAGAGUGCAGCCAUGAAUAAAUAAGCACGCGCCAUUCGCCCGAUGAUCGGGGCCCUCACUUGGCCCCAGUAAUCUAAUAUAAAACAGGAAUUUCCUAAUCCUAUCGUUGUCAGCUAUUUUUCUUUGGUACAUUUAUUUCAGAUUGCUAGAUAAACGUCAAUGGCUGCAGAAUAUAAUCGUCUAGAGUCAAAAGCCAAACAAAAUCUCAAGAAAAACGCCAGCAUCUUCUCCAUUCUUUCAUUCUGGUGGGUGGGAGAGCUCCUUGUCAUCAGGAACAAGCGCCCUAAUGAUAUUGAUGAUUUGUUUCCGUUACUCGACGAGGACAAAACUCGACCGUCAGCGGAAAACCUGCAGCAGAGAUGGAGUGAGGUAACCACAACACGUGCAUCUGGAAAAGGUGGAAAUGGACUUCGGUUAUUUGGCGCCCUCAUUGCAAUGUUCUCCUGGGCUGAUUACAUGUUCAUUUUGAGUACAACUUUGUUAGAUAGCGUUGGGAAUAUUCUUCAGAUAGUUUUUUUGAGUUUGCUGUUACCAGAAUUAAUGAAGUCUUCCGAUAAAGAGUUGUCAUGGACACCGUAUAUCUACGCUAGCGGUAUCUGGCUGAGUUCUUUAGUGCGAUUUCUUGCCCGACACCAAACCUUUUAUAACGCUUAUUUGAUGACCCUAAGAUGGAAGUCUGCAACGAUUGGGAUCAUAUACAAAAAGGUAAAAGUAACGAUUGAUUGAAUGAUUGUUUGACUGACUGACUGACUGACUAAUUGAUUGAUUGACUGAUUGAUUGAUUGAUUGAUUGAUUGAUUGACUAGCUAGUUACUUUUAGAUAUGGUUCCCAGUUCUACCCCAGACAAUACUGAGAUGUUUUCGUAGAGAUUGAAAAUGCUUGUGAAUGCGCUUGGACUGUACAGAAGAGCAAAAUUGGCUUUCUCUGCAGACUCUUUUGAUCCCUAAAGCCGGAAUCUAUACAUAACCGUGAGAGGAAUUAGCCCAGGAGUAAGGCCUAGAUGGGAACCUUACACGAGGGUCUGUGGUGGGGGGGUUGGGGGGGGGGGUGCAAAUGUCAGUUAUCACUUCAAAUUUUGACUAUUUGUCAGUUUUCAGUUACAAUUUUCGGCUAUUUGUCAGGUGUCAGUUAAGUGGCUGUUAAUGAUUAACUGAAGACGUAAAACCUCUCCUGAGGCACUUUCUACUGUGCCAAGAUUCCGAAAAUCUCGAAACGGUGACAAAUGGUAUGGAAAUUUCCUGGGAACGUUUGCAGAAAAUGUUAAAAGUGAAACAUUCAACCCAGCGAAUAUUUCGGGAAAUGCGGGAGGAAAAUUAACUCAGUGGAUAGCUUAGUCUGAUGGUUUGAGUCUAAAAAACAAUCUAAACAGCGUGAAUAUUAAACUAAAAAGGUUCAAGCAAUAUUUCAAUGCAUUUCAAACGAAUAUCAAAAGCUAAAACCUUUGGUCUGUUGUUAGUAAAUCUGACUACAAAUGUCAGUUGUCAGUUUCCUUUUCGGGUAUUUGUCAGUUGCCAGUCAGGGGCGUAGCUAGGGGGAUGCUGGGGUGCCCGUUUGGGGAUCCUAUUUUGUAAGCCUUUUUUAAGCAAACAACCUACAACAGGUGGCGAAAGCGACAUAAAAAUCUGGUGAGUGCCCUCACUUUAACACAGUGUGACCCCCCCCCCCCUUGAAAAAUCCUGGCUACGCCCCUGUCAGUUAUUUUCUUUUUGUCAUUUGUCAGUUGUCAGUUAACCCCAUCCAGACCCUUGUUCCUCACUUACCCUUCAUAUUUUAUAUUCUCUUACAACGGCGAAUAAAUGGCUAUCCACGGUGAAUAAUCGUAAGAAGACGAAUUGGAAUUAUUAGACGUUUAUCUUAGUUUUCCGUAAGACACUACAUAGGGUAAUGAUCAGAACCUUCAAAUUUACUUGUUGUUGUUGUUUUUUGUUUUGUUUUUUUCAUUUCAUUAAUUUUACCUUUCUCGUAACGACAUCUUCCCACUCCUUGGGAGCCGGAAUAUAAAGUGAAAUCCUGUCGAAUCACUAUAUCUUGUGUUAGGAAUGUGACAGUCUGGAGACAGUUACCGAUUUUACUAGAUGUUCUCCCCAAAGAGAAAAUCUCCGUACGAGAUUAGAGGAUUCUUAGAUCUAGACUAGACAGCGAUGAGGGACGCACCAAGUGUCCUCCAAACAUUGGUUAGUAUUUUACAAUAAGUUUUUACAUUUUCUAAGAGACCCAGCCAUCCUCCUUUUUUCUUAGCUACCAUUAACCAUUUUCGGCCCCGUCCAGAUUACGCUGGAGGAGCUUUCACUCUGAAAACGCGUCAAAUGCUUUCCCUCCGCACAACGCCAGAGGAAUUUAACAACGCAACAAUUACUGGUCAUUUUGCUUUUGUGUUUGAGUAAAACUCGGACAUGGUUAUCUUCAUCGUUUUUGAUCGAAAAGCUUCGUUUCCAAAAUGUUUUUCGUCCACACCGGCUAACACGCGAAGACGGCGUUUUCAAGUUCCUCCGGUUUGAAGAGCGUUUUCAAAUUUCUACGGCGCAGUGUGACAGGGCCUUAAUUAACAGACCUCAUGCUGGACCAAUUUUCUUCCCGAAAGUUGUUAAGGAAAUGUUUAUUUAAAAAUUGUACGUUGAACGUUUUAUCAAUUCUUUCAUGUGGUAGGUUAUUUGUCUAAACCAAGCGGAUGUAUCAAAGAUUACAAGUGGAUACAUACUCAACCUUAUCGCCAGUGAUGUACAGCGUUUCGAGCAUUCUUUUGUUUGUAUUUUUAUGUUAAUUCAAGCCCUGCUUGAAACAAGCAGCGUUGCAUUUCUUAUGGUGUACUUGUUUGGAUGGAGGCCUCUAUUAGGAGUAGCUUUUAUGAUUCUCCUUUCGUUGUAUUACGGUGGAAUGGCUAAAGUGUGCGCCAUUCCACGAUAUCCAAUCUCUAAGGUGGCUGAUGAACGUGUUGACAUUAUGAACUCCAUCAUCCCAGAGAUUCGUACCGUCAAGAUGUACGCGUGGGAGUGGCCGUUCAUUGAAAGAGUGAAACGACUACGAAGGUACGAAACCUGCCAUAAUAAAUCCUGUUUCUUUUUCCUUUGAACUCACGUUCAAGCCAAGGGAGCCUAACUCCCUCUAAGCCAAGGGAGCCCAACGGUUAGUACGUAGGCUCUGAAUCAAGUGCCCCUGACUGAGCCCUGAUUGGGUCAUUGUGUCGUUUUUUUCUCCUCAAACUGACUCUCCCCACCUGGGUGUAUAAAUGGGUAUUGAAGAAUUGUUGGGGCAACUUGACGGAAUGCUGGGGAGUCACCUGCCACGGAGUAGCAUUCUACCGGAGAGACUAAUACUGUUAAUUACGUUUAGCACAAUCCAGGAAUUUGAUGUCCGGAGCCGUGAGCCAUGAGCCAGAUGGGCUGAAAACGCUUUAUAUCUUCUAUCUGAGGAAACAAACAAUCUUAGAAUAAGUAUAUCUAGACAGAAUCGAUUAGAUUUGAUACACUAAAUGAGAAUUCGAGCCCGACUUUUCAUCAGUUGAGCGAUAUCAAGGCUAACUUGGGUUGUAGCGAUUGAGUUAACUGUCGCCUAUAUAGAGGAGAAGGGCGAGUAGCCAGUAUAAAAAACACUUUGUCCGAAACCUACAGUUUUUCACUAUUAAACCCCUAUUUAAAUUGGAGGCGGUGGUACUGGCGCUGAUCUUUAAUUUCUUACAAAAGCAGCAUUCAAGGUUUAGUGGUCAAACUUUGUGAAUUCUUAAAACUUACAUUAUAAAGGAUAUUCUAAGGGAUUAUAACCUGAAUGCUGAAUUUCUACCAGAAUUUUGAAAUAAUUGAUUAAACUCUUCCUCACGGUAUUGGGUAUGAUUGUUUUCUUUCAGGCUGGAAUUGAAACUGGCUCGAUGGAAAACAACGAUAUUGGCCUCCUUUCAAUCUCUUCUUUACAUCUCUUCGUCAAUCGCGGCCUUUAUGGCAUUGGUCUCAAUGACAUCCUCGGGAAUUGAACUCACUUCGUAUAACACCUUCAUGAUUUUAUCCUUGACAAUUGUCCUAAAGAAUUCGGCUUCAUGGAAAAUGUUCUUUUCUGCUAACAUGCUUGCCGACUUUGCCUCAGCUCUGACCUGUAUUCAGUACAUACUUGAGUUCGAGCAUUGCGACGUCCACAAAUACCUACACGAUAGCUUCGCCACAAAUGGAUGCGUGGAUCUUGAAGAGAACAAGCACAAGGACGGAAAUGUUACACUUUUCAGCAAAAUAAACACUAACGGUGCCCAAGUCGAGGGAAAUCCAAGUAUUUUGUCGCAGAAUGUUGUAUGCAGCUGGUAUGGAGACUGGAAUAAGCUAACACUGAAAAACCUGUGUUUAUCUGUCUGUAAGGGCGACUUAGUGUUUAUAACAGGUUGCGUCGGUUGCGGCAAGUCAUCUUUGCUGCAAGCUAUCUUGCAGGAGAUUCCACUCUUAAAGGGACACAUAUCAUCCCGUGGCAAAAUUUCUUGGGUUGGCCAGCAACCCUGGGUGUUUUCUGGUACGAUACGUGAAAAUAUUUUGUUUGGUGAGCCGUUUGAUCCUCAGAGGUAUCACAUGAUAUUACGAACCUGUGACCCGGAUACAAACAUUCAAAGGUUCCCGGAUGCAGACACCACACUGGUUGGAGAACGUGGAAUAGUUUUAAGUGGUGGUCAGCGUACUCGUGUCGGACUAGCAUGCGCUCUGUAUUCUGAUGCAGACAUUUAUCUCUUAGAUGAUCCCUUAAGCGCCCUGGAUACAAAAGUCGGAUAUCACAUUUUCAAAACCUGUGUCAUCGAGUUACUGUGUGAUAAAACUCGGCUGAUGACCACUCACAAUUUAGAAAUCCUCAGGGAAGCUGAUAACAUAGUAGCAAUGAAGGACGGAUCCAUUUUACAGCAAGCUGGUUUUAACACACUCGUUAAGUCUGGUUUUGAACUCUGCCUUGGACAAAAAUACGCUAAACUAGAAAAUGUCGAAGAAGAUCGUGUUAUUGGUUCUGUGUCCUGGAUGUUGUACCUGGAUUACAUCGUGCUGGAAUGCAUUCUGCUGCAGCUGUGGCUCUUCUGGUGUUUUUCCUCGUCGUUCAAGAAACAUGGGGCAAGAGUCCGUCGGCCUGAUGGACUGCCAGGCCGCGAAUGCAAGACGAUUAGCGUAUUCACAGAGUGGUGGCUACUUCAUUUGACUAGUGGAUUACAUGACCAGAAGACUCAAACAGACAAUCUCUACAUAUACGCUGCCCUGGUGGGUGGGGCGUUUUUGCUCUCUGUCACUAGAGCAACAAUGUUUUAUAACGCUUUAUCAAACUCCUCUAAAAACCUGCACAAUUCCAUGAUGUCGGCGUUGUUGAAAGCCCCGGUUUUGUUCUUCGACGCAAAUCCAGUUGGACGAAUAAUAAACAGGUUUUCACGAGAUAUUGGCAUCGUGGACGAGUUGCUGCCAGAUGUAUUCCUGCAAGCUGUUGAGAUUGUUCUGCUUUGUAUUGGGGCGGUCGUUCUGCCAUCUAUCCUGAACCCCUGGAUUAUUCUGCCGGCCGCCCCACUCAUGGUUCUGUUUAUGUGGUUUGGAGGGUAUUACUUAAGGACGUCACGUGAUCUGAGGCGACUGGAAGGAUUAAAUCGAAGCCCAGUGCUCUCUCACUUCAGUGACAGGUUGGAGAGACUGGUAACUAUUCGCACGUAUAAGAAGGAAAAUGAGUUUCUGGAAGAAUUGUACAGGUUUCAAUACGGUCACAAUCAGUGCUGGGUCUCGAUUCUGUCCACAGUCAGAUGGCUAGCAGGCCGUGUAGACAUGAUCUGCGUCGCCUUUAUGACGUUAGUUCUUUUUCUCGCUAUCUGCACACAAUCAGGAUCAGCCCUGCUUGAAACAAGCAGCGUUGCAUUUCUUAUGGUGUACUUGUUUGGAUGGAGGCCUCUAUUAGGAGUAGCUUUUAUGAUUCUCCUUUCGUUGUAUUACGGUGGAAUGGCUAAAGUGUGCGCCAUUCCACGAUAUCCAAUCUCUAAGGUGGCUGAUGAACGUGUUGACAUUAUGAACUCCAUCAUCCCAGAGAUUCGUACCGUCAAGAUGUACGCGUGGGAGUGGCCGUUCAUUGAAAGAGUGAAACGACUACGAAGGCUGGAAUUGAAACUGGCUCGAUGGAAAACAACGAUAUUGGCCUCCUUUCAAUCUCUUCUUUACAUCUCUUCGUCAAUCGCGGCCUUUAUGGCAUUGGUCUCAAUGACAUCCUCGGGAAUUGAACUCACUUCGUAUAACACCUUCAUGAUUUUAUCCUUGACAAUUGUCCUAAAGAAUUCGGCUUCAUGGAAAAUGUUCUUUUCUGCUAACAUGCUUGCCGACUUUGCCUCAGCUCUGACCUGUAUUCAGUACAUACUUGAGUUCGAGCAUUGCGACGUCCACAAAUACCUACACGAUAGCUUCGCCACAAAUGGAUGCGUGGAUCUUGAAGAGAACAAGCACAAGGACGGAAAUGUUACACUUUUCAGCAAAAUAAACACUAACGGUGCCCAAGUCGAGGGAAAUCCAAGUAUUUUGUCGCAGAAUGUUGUAUGCAGCUGGUAUGGAGACUGGAAUAAGCUAACACUGAAAAACCUGUGUUUAUCUGUCUGUAAGGGCGACUUAGUGUUUAUAACAGGUUGCGUCGGUUGCGGCAAGUCAUCUUUGCUGCAAGCUAUCUUGCAGGAGAUUCCACUCUUAAAGGGACACAUAUCAUCCCGUGGCAAAAUUUCUUGGGUUGGCCAGCAACCCUGGGUGUUUUCUGGUACGAUACGUGAAAAUAUUUUGUUUGGUGAGCCGUUUGAUCCUCAGAGGUAUCACAUGAUAUUACGAACCUGUGACCCGGAUACAAACAUUCAAAGGUUCCCGGAUGCAGACACCACACUGGUUGGAGAACGUGGAAUAGUUUUAAGUGGUGGUCAGCGUACUCGUGUCGGACUAGCAUGCGCUCUGUAUUCUGAUGCAGACAUUUAUCUCUUAGAUGAUCCCUUAAGCGCCCUGGAUACAAAAGUCGGAUAUCACAUUUUCAAAACCUGUGUCAUCGAGUUACUGUGUGAUAAAACUCGGCUGAUGACCACUCACAAUUUAGAAAUCCUCAGGGAAGCUGAUAACAUAGUAGCAAUGAAGGACGGAUCCAUUUUACAGCAAGCUGGUUUUAACACACUCGUUAAGUCUGGUUUUGAACUCUGCCUUGGACAAAUGAUUAGCGUAUUCACAGAGUGGUGGCUACUUCAUUUGACUAGUGGAUUACAUGACCAGAAGACUCAAACAGACAAUCUCUACAUAUACGCUGCCCUGGUGGGUGGGGCGUUUUUGCUCUCUGUCACUAGAGCAACAAUGUUUUAUAACGCUUUAUCAAACUCCUCUAAAAACCUGCACAAUUCCAUGAUGUCGGCGUUGUUGAAAGCCCCGGUUUUGUUCUUCGACGCAAAUCCAGUUGGACGAAUAAUAAACAGGUUUUCACGAGAUAUUGGCAUCGUGGACGAGUUGCUGCCAGAUGUAUUCCUGCAAGCUGUUGAGAUUGUUCUGCUUUGUAUUGGGGCGGUCGUUCUGCCAUCUAUCCUGAACCCCUGGAUUAUUCUGCCGGCCGCCCCACUCAUGGUUCUGUUUAUGUGGUUUGGAGGGUAUUACUUAAGGACGUCACGUGAUCUGAGGCGACUGGAAGGAUUAAAUCGAAGCCCAGUGCUCUCUCACUUCAGUGACAGGUUGGAGAGACUGCAAGAGCCUGGGUACGCUAAUCGAUCUCAGCCUCCAGAGAACUGGCCGGAGAACGGCGAAAUCACAGCAAAGAACCUGGGUCUAGUUUACUAUCAGAGUGAACCAAAAAUACUUAAAGAUGUUAGCUUUACUACACAUGCGCACGAGAAAAUUAGAAUUGUUGGUCGCACAGGAGCUGGCAAGUCAUCAUUGGUUUCAGCUCUCUUUCGCAUGCCUCAACCAUCCGAUGACGUCAUCAUUGAUGACGUUAACAUCAGGGAUCUUAACAUUCAAAGCUCUCGUCGAGUGAUGUCAGUUAUUUCCCAGGAUCCAGUUCUUUUUACCGGUUCACUGCACAUGAACUUAGAUUCUUUUGAGGAACACGACGACAAGGAACUCUGGGAUGCAUUGGAAGAAGCAACAUCUGUGCCUGGCUUGCACAUUGUUGAAAAAAAGACCAAGAUCAUAAUAAUGGAUGAAACAACAGCAAAUGUGGAUUACAGAAUUCGCACAAAAUUUAGACACUGUACUGUCAUUACAAUUGCACAUCGACUGAACACCAUCAUAGAUUACGAUCGAGUUUUGGUUCUAGAAAACGGCCAAGUUGUCGAAUACAACAAACCGGAAAAGCUGUUGGAGAAUGAAUACGGGCAAUUUUCGAGACUUUACCAUGGCUAUGAUAAGGAUACCGACUAGUAUAAGCCUGUUUCAGGCGUUCUUUUAGUUAGGGAGCAGCGCUGAUGGAAAAAUAGAAUAGGAAAGGGGUCGGGGACGCGCCACCAACUAACUGAGCGCACUUUGAGAGGCUGAAUAAUCAGGUUACAGUAAAGCCCGAAUUCUACAGCUACAAGAAAUGGACAUCAUGGGUCAAUCGUAUUGAAGGCGCCGUUUCAAUACUGGCUGUAAAUUUCAAAAAAAAUUGUGUUUUGUUUUGUUUUGUUUUUCAUUUUUCAAAAUACAGUCGAACCCUUAAUAAGGUGCCACCUAGCUAUUAAACGGCCACCCCUAUUAUUCGGUCAGUAAUCAUAGUCCUCACCGCAAAGUUACAAAACUCAAACCAAAAUUUUCGCCCAUCCUGGAUUAGCUUAAUCGGGCUUUGAAAA